AUGGUGCACAUAUUUGAACCAACUAUGAUACGGGAAAUUUUGGCUAACUAUUAUCAAUUUCAAAAGCCAUGGGGUAGACAUCCGUUAACAAAGUUGCUACCAAGAGGAUUAAUCAAUGCAGAAGGUGACCAAUGGAUUAAACAUAGAAAAAUCAUCAACCCCGCAUUCCAUGUCGAGAAGCUUAAGCAUAUGGUACCUGCAUUUUAUUUGAGCUGCAGUGAGAUGAUCGAAAAAUGGGAGAAACUGGUAACCAAAGAAAGCUCUUGUGAACUGGAUGUGUGGCCUCAUCUACAAACCUUUUCAAGUGAUGUAAUUUCACGUACAUCAUUUGGUAGUAGUUAUGAGGAAGGAAAAAAGAUUUUUGAAUUUCAAAAAGAACAAGCUGAAUUGAUUAUAAAGGGUAUACAAUCGAUUUUCAUUCCAGGAUCAAGAUUUUUGCCGACAAAAGACAACAAGAGGUUGAAAUAUAUUGACCGUGAGGUGAAGGCUUCAAUAAAGAGCAUUAUUGAUAAACGAUUGGUUGCGAUGAAAGCUGGAGAAACUAUUAAUGAUGACCUUUUGGGUAUUCUUUUGGAUUCCAAUUACAAAGAAAUCAAACAACAAGGGAGUAGCAAUUUUGGAUUAAGCAUUGAAGAAGUAAUCGAAGAAUGCAAGCUUUUCUACUUUGCAGGACAAGAGACAACGGGAAAUAUGCUUGUUUGGACAAUGAUUUUAUUAGGUCAACACACAGAUUGGCAAACACGUGCUAGAAAAGAAGUCUUAAAUGUCUUAGGAGAUAAAAGACUAGAUAUUGAUGGGUUAAGUCACCUAAAAGUUAUUAACAUGAUUUUUAAUGAGGUUCUUAGACUAUAUCCACCAGCAGUAAUGUUAAGACGAUUGAUACAUGAAGAUACCAAAUUAGGUAAGUUAACCUUACCAGGAGGGACCCUUAUCCAACUAAACACAUUGUUUAUGCACCAUGACAAAGAUAUGUGGGGUGAAGAUGUGAAUGAGUUUAAUCCUGAAAGAUUUUCUGAAGGUGUGUCAAAGGUGACCAAGGGUCAAUCUACAUAUCUACCAUUUGGAGGUGGCCCUCGUAUAUGUAUUGGCCAGAAUUUUGCUAUGCUAGAAGCAAAAAUGGCACUUGCUAUGAUUUUACAAGGCUUUUCUUUUGAGCUAUCUCCAUCGUACUCACAUGCUCCACAUACUAUAAUCACUCUACAACCUCAGUUUGGUGCUCACUUGACUUUACACAAACUUUAG